AGUGCUCCAGAUGAGAGUCCAAAUACAGAUGGAAUUGAUAUUUCCCAAUCAAAGAACGUUCUUAUUCAAAAUUCUUUUAUAGCUACAGGUGAUGAUUGUAUUGCCAUUAAUAACGGCUCUUCAAAUAUCAAUAUAGUGGACAUCACUUGUGGCCCCGGUCAUGGCAUAAGCAUUGGGAGCUUAGGAAAGGACGGUGAUUAUAAUGUUGUUGAAAAUGUCUGGAGGAAUUGCCUCUUAAAAGACACUCAAAAUGGAGUUAGAAUCAAGACUUGGGAGGGUGGAUAUGGAUAUGGAUAUGCAAGAAACAUCACGUUCGAGAAAAUAAUACUCGAAAAUACAAAAAACCCAAUCAUUAUCGAUCAAUAUUACUCAGCUUUUGCAUACGCAAGGAAACAUAUGGUACAAGCUAUAUCUGUCAUUCCACCCCUUCCUUGUUUAUCAAAAUCUCAUUAA